CUGCUCGUCUUCGGUGGACCAUGAACCAGACCGUCGAGCAGGCCAGCUGGCUCUCCGCGCUUUCUGGAUGCUUCUGAGCCGCGGACCGACGAGGCUGCUAUGAUGGAGGAUUUGCCCGAGCUAGAUCAGAGUCCCGAGUGUUGCAUUACAUCGGAAGGCUUGCUUCUCUGAGCUGGUUCCCUCCAGUGAGGCAGCUUUCUUCAAGCUGCUCCACGCUUGGCCUGCCGCAAAAUGGACUCACUGCUGAAUCCUGAGCUCAGGGAGAAGACACACGAUGGUUCGAUCAAGGUUGAAAACAUCUCAAAGCAAGUCAUAUUUAAAGGUCUUGCUCCCAGAGUUGUUUUGUCAAAUCGUCUCCUGCCUAAAGGAACCAAGACUAAGGUGAAUCUUGAGGAGCAGGGUCGACAGAAGGUGUCCUUCAGCUUCAUGCAGACUAAGAAGACACGCCAGAAUGUGUUCUUUGCCACACCGAGUUCAGAGAAAGCUGCAAAUGAAAUUUCUUCCAUGGUGCAAUCUGCGAAUUUGCCCUCUCCAGACCAAGCGGGGCAAAGUAGUGAGAGCAAGAAUGAGCAGGUUGAGAAAACUGAUGUUCCUGCUGUGGAGGCCCAGACAAUACAGCCCCCAGCACCCCUCCCACCCAAAACAAAACUUGACCUUGGCAAGAUGCAUUUUAAGAAGCAGAUUCUGAGUGUGUCUGUUGUUGAGGAAACUCCUGUAGUCAAUGUUGUUUCAGAUGAGACCCCUUCAGAAACUGACAUUUUAAUGAAAUCUCCAGUGAAGAUUGAAGCCGAAACCUCAAUGACUCAAUUCCAGAUGAAAACAGUCACUGAUAGUCCCUCUGAAAAAGUUAAGAGGGAAGACAGCGCUCAGGACAAAUUGGAUGCUUGCCUCAAAGGACCAACUGAUUCCUCCCAUAUUGGGAAAGAUAGUAAAGAUCGCCUUAGUGUUUCUGACCUUCAAGACAAGAAGAAGCCCCAGCACUCUGGGAGCUCUCCAGGUGAUGGUGAAUCUAAUAGGACAUCUUCCAGCCAAAAGUCUAGUGACACCAAGAAUGCAACAAGGUCUGAUAGUCACAGUACAGACGUUAAGAAAUCCACCAGCUCCAAAUCCGAUGUCUCAGAGAAGUGCAGAUCUGAUAGGAAGGAAGACAAGGAUGAAAAGGGUUCUAGCCGUUCUACAACUGAAAGAGACUCCAGGCACACAUCUUCUCGGUCUUCCCGUUCUGACCGAAGAAGGACCACGAGUCGUUCACGGUCUAGAUCCCGAAGUUCUCGAACAGCUUCUUCCUAUUCCAGAUCGGAGAGAUCAAGACACGAGAAGCAGUCAAGGUUGGACAGGUCACAUUACCACGAUUCUGAAAGAAGGUCCCACCGAAGUUCUCCUUAUCGAGAAAGGAGGAGAUCACGCUCUAGAGCUGAUGGACGUUCCCGUGACAGCUCAGACUCUGAAGACGACCUCAGGAAACCGAGGACCCGAAGCAGUGACUCAAGCCGAUCCUCAACAUACUCUAGCUCGCAGAGAGAUUCAAAGUCAUCAUCUCACUCGAAGUCCUACCGAGACUCAAAGUCCAUAGAUUCUUCUCGCUCUUCAGAGGUAGACAAAAGAGCACCGUAUUCGAGAGCAGAAAGAUCUGGAAGAAAGGAGAAGGAAGACUCUGAACCCAGCAAAAGAAGCUCCUCUGAAUCCGAAGCCAGUCAUAAGAAGUCUUCUUCCCAUUCAAAAUCUGAGGUAAGUACUAAGACAUCAAGUUCCAACUUGGAUACUUCAUCAAGGUCUUCGGAGCAGAAGGUCCAGAAAAGCAGUGGCACCCCAGAUUCUGAUGAGGAACACAGAAGAAAGUCUCGAUCUUCUGCGUCCUUGAGUUCAUCCUCUAAAAAAUCUGAGUCCAAGUCUUCAUCUAGCUUAACUGGGACUGUUGGACAAUCAAUAGACAAAUUAAGUAGUAAUAAGAAACUGUUAGUCUUGGAUUCCCACACAGUUGUGUCUCAGGGAGAAUUUAAAAAAGUGGAUGGUUCUCAACAUCAAGAUGGUAAUCAGUCCAAAUUAAAGAGUAGUUCUUCUCAACAAAAGGAGCAAACUAAGGACAGUUCAACAUCUCAAGAUGUUGGAUUCCAAGGUGGAAACAAGGAUUCUGGUAGUAAUGCACAGUGCCCAGCUGUCCAUGAUUUUCACCAAAAUGCAGAUGUAGAAUUAAAUACUACUGUAAGCCAACAUACUGUUGUCCAAGGCCACGAUCAACUUGCAACGCAAACAGAUACUCUAGUAAACAAUGAAUUUCAGGUAGACGCACAGACUAAUGUAGCGAACGUCAGUAACGUUUCUUUUAGCUUGAAUGAGCCAUCUUGUCCGGGCUACCCUCCGAGUCAGGAUUCAGCAGGGUCAUCGGCAGACACUCUUUCUGUGAAAGAAUUACCACAUGGAGAAUGCUUGAAACCUAACACUAAACUUGGUCAUCAGUUGGUCAUCAAUGAAGACAUUAGUACAAUGCCUGUUAAUUCAAAAGUUGAAACUUCUUGCAAAGAACCUGAGCAGUUCAAUAUAAAGCCUGAUGCUGGCAUGACGAAAAAGGGUAGUAUUCCCAAAAAAUCACGAUGGGAUAUCGUUGGACAGGACACUUCAGAAAAUCAAAGCCCCAAGAAGACGGUAAACCCAGAUACUGCCUCCGUAAAGAAGGUCAUCUCAGUCAAGAAAAUAGAGUUUAACAGUGAUUCUAACCUCGAAGAACCCUGCUCAAAGAUACCAGAAUCUGUGGUACAUUCCUUGAAGUCUGAGGAAUUAAAGCAAAGAGAUUGUGCAAAGGAAAUUCCUACUCAGCCGGUUGAUCCGGGUACGCAACAAACCAGUGAUCAUUUAGCUAUCCUGUCCCCUGCAAAUCAAGUUCUUGAAGUCCCCUCUAAAUCAAAUUGCAAUUCUGAUCUGACUGUUAUCAAUUUGGAUGAGAAAUAUACCAAUCAUGAGAAACUGAGCAAAGAUGACUUGUAUAAGCAUGAAACUCAGGAGUCUGAGUCCUUAAACUGUGACAGCAAAAGUCUUAGUGAGGAAAGCGAAACAGAAGAUUCUGAUUCCGAUACAGAUGAUGGACAGGGCUCUUUGAAGCGGCUACAUUCGGUAGUGAUUGUGCCAAAGAAUUCAAUCCUUACCCAUGAGAUAGCUGACCAGCCUGCAUCAUCUCCUAGCCCAUUCAGUCUUUCAGGACGGCAGCAGUUAACAUGUCAAGGAAAUGAGUCGAAUAAGGGCAUUAACAGUGAACUUCCUUAUAGUCACACCUCACAGUCUUCAUCAGAAGAUAGGAAACAUAAUGUCUCACCUAUUGCUGGUGAUGCAUGUUCACUUUCUUCUGAGCAAGUGAUCUACCAAUCCCAGAGCAACAUGGUUGACAGCACUAGCCAAUCCGAGACAACUGGUGCACUGGCUGAAUCAAACAGGAACUGCGCUGUCCAUGAAAGACCAAAGAUUCUCCCAACCAGCCAAGCGCCCACCCAUGCUCCAGAGAAUGCACAAAGGCAGUGUGACCUAGGUCGCCACUAUGAUAGACCAGACAGUUGGCAUGGAAGGAAAGGAGAAAAGGAACAACAUGGAGACUUCAGUUCUUCAGAUGAUCUCAUUGGCAAGGGUAGUUUUAAUUCGGCCUGGGACUUUGUCCAACCAGAGCAACCAAGCAGUACGUUUCAACAACCAGACAGCAGUCACAGUACCCAGCCUCCCCAGGCUGAGAGUGCAUUUGUUGGGCCCGGCAGCGGUGUUUGGACCCAGCCAAUUGCCUCUCAUAAAAAUAGACCAGUCACGUCCAUACCUUCUCUGUGUCAUGAAGUGGUGGGCCAGAUUCACCCAGACUCUCUGACCAAUGACAAUGACGAAGACUAUGAAAGAAAGGAACUUGGUAGUAGUCUAGCAGCUGUACCUUCUACUGAACGUCAAGUCUCAUCUGCCUUUGUCCAGGCCCAUGAGAUAAGCAGCAACUGUAGCUUUGUAAAUGCUCCUUUUGAGAGUCAGAUCAUUCUAGAGCCUCCCAGAGAAGAUGCCCAAAAGCCUCACAGAGGCAGAGGCCCACCCAAAAAGAGACGCCCGGAAUUGGAGUCAGAGUCCGACAAUGAGGCAGAAGCAGGGCUUGCUUGCAAAAGGGAGUGUUUGGAGGAGCGAGAUGCCUGCAAAGACUCUAAAGAAACCAAGGUAUCCUUAGAUCAAGAAGAUGUGCAACGGCCAUUGCUUAGCCUGAAAGACUUCCUGGACUCUGCUGCCUGGAAGGACAAAGCCAGACAGAAGAAGAUGCCUGCUUACUUUGACCUCAUUGAGGAGAACAUUUACUUGACAGAACGCAAGAAGAACAAGUCUCAUCGGGACAUUAAGCGAAUGCAGUGCGAGUGUGCUGUUCUUUCGAGGGAGGAGCGGGCGCGAGGUGUUAUGGCCUGUGGAGAAGAUUGCUUAAAUCGGCUGCUGAUGAUUGAGUGCUCAUCUCGAUGCUUGAAUGGAACAUAUUGCUCCAACCGACGCUUCCAGAUGAAGCAGCAUGCAGACGUUGAAGUCAUUCUGACAGAAAGUAAAGGCUGGGGUUUGCGGGCUGCCCAGGACCUUCAGCCGAACACCUUUGUGCUGGAGUACUGUGGCGAGGUUCUAGAUCACAGGGAGUUUAAGUCCCGGGUGAAGGAGUACGCUCGCAGCAAGAACAUCCACUACUACUUCAUGGCUUUGAAGAAUAAUGAGAUCAUCGACGCCACGCUGAAAGGCAACUGCUCACGUUUCAUGAACCACAGCUGUGAGCCCAACUGUGAAACUCAGAAGUGGACCGUGAACGGUCAGCUCAGAGUCGGCUUCUUUACCACCAAAGCUGUGAACGCUGGCACAGAGCUGACCUUCGAUUACCAGUUCCAGAGAUACGGGAAAGAGGCUCAGAAGUGUUUCUGCGGAGCGCAGAGCUGUCGGGGUUUCCUGGGCGGAGAGAACCGAGUGAGCGUGCGAGCGGCGGGAGGAAAGAAACAGAGAGAACGAUCACGGAAGAAAGAGACAGUCAGCGCUCUCACCACGUUGGACGAGGAGCUGGAGGCCUUGCUGGAGAACGGAGAGGGUCUGAGUGAUGAGAAACAGGUGAUCUCGCUCUGCAGGCUGAUGGUGCGAGUGGAGACCAUGGAGCAGAGACUCACCUGCAUCAAACUCAUCCAGAACACCCAGAAUCAUUCAUGCCUGAAGCAGUUUCUGGAUCAUCAUGGCCUUUCGCUGCUGUGGAUAUUCAUGGCUGACCUUUCUGAGGCUAAAAGCAGCUCUGUUAACAACAUCAAACUGCAGCUGGAGAUAAUGAAAGCUCUAGCCGUGCUGCCCAUCUCCAACAAAAACAUGCUGGAGGAGAGCCGUGUGCUGCAGUGCAUCCAGCGCUUGGCCCAGAGCCGUCCGCUUGGCCAGCCUCCGGAGCAGGACGGUUACUCCAGCGAGAGCACCUCCCGCGCUCAGACGCCUUUAAACACCCCUGACGGACCUCCAGCAAAACUGGCCCCGGAGCUGGACGGAGACACGCCGAAACGCGCCGUCUACCGCCGCCUGAAGAUCAUCAGUGAGAACAGCCUGGACAGUGCUCUGUCAGAUGCCAGCAAAGCCUCUGACGGUAAGGAGGAGGAUGAAGAAGAGGAGGAGAUGGAGGAGGAGGUCAGAUUGGACGCUGCAGAAAAGCAAGAGACCAGUGCGGAGACCCAGGCUGAAGGAGAGCCAGCAGUGAAACCUUCAGAUGUGGAGGAGAGUGCGGAGUCAAAGCCAGAACAAGUGGAAGAGGAUGGUAAGGACGAUGGCCCAGAGGAGCAAGAAGCUGAGGAGAAAGCGACCAUCAAGAAAGACGAGGACCAACCUGCUCAGGCUGAGGAGAACCAGAUCGUUGAGGAUGAGGAGAAAUCUGUGGUGGAGGAGGCCAAGUGUGAACCUGAACUUACAGAGUUAAGCGACCAAGCAGAGGCACCUGCCGAAGAUCAGCCCUGUGGUCCUGCCAGCGUCAAAGCUGAAGAAGAUACUAGCACUUCUGUGGAAGUUCCUGACGUGGGGACGGUCAGCACUGGAGCCUCUGUGAAGAGCGAGUCUUCUGAGCCUUCAGCUUCAGCCCCAGACGUAAACAUCACCACCACCGAUGUGGCUGCGGAACCUUCCGAAGUCACUAUGGACACCACGCCUGCCUCUGACACUACAGCUGUUAGCGCAACAUCAGAUUCCUCAGCUAUGAACUUGGAGACCAGCUCUGCAGAGAAGACAUCAGCAGAGGCUCCUCUGGUUCCUGAGGAGAGCGCUGCUCCCACUUCAGCUUCUAUAGCACCGGAGGUUCCGUCCUUGGGCACCGCAGUAGCUACGGAAGGUGUGGCGACGGUGGGCGAAAGUGCAGCUGUAGGCACGCCGUCCCAGGAUGAGGAGGAGGCCGUGUCUGACGUGGAGAGCGAGAGGAGCCAAGAGCCUCAGAUCAGAGCUGCUGACAUCAGUGAGAUGGCUGCACGUCUGCUGGACAGCUGGAAGGACCUGAAGGAGGUGUACAGGAUCCCGAAGAAGAGUCAGGUGGAGUCAAACGAUCGGAGCAGGGAUCGAGAAGCAAUGCUGACGCCCCGCACACCGUCCAGCAGCCGCGAGCGGGAGAGAGAGCGUGACCGGGAGAGGGAGAGAGAGCGUGACCGGGAGCGGGAGAGAGAGCGGGACUGGGAGAGAGAGUGGGAAAGAGAGAGAGAGAGGGAUCUAGAGAGAUCCAUGCUGCGGAGCGCAGAGAGGAGGAGGAGGCGCGGCUCUGCCUCACCUCCACCUGCGUCGGCCUACGAGAGGAGCAGCCGCAGGACUGAGGACCGCUACGAUCAGGCCAGCAACAGUAAGAAGAAGCCGCAGACGAAAGAGUCUCGUAACAAGCUGUCCACCGAGGAGCGUCGGAAGCUGUUUGAGCAGGAGGUGGCUCAGAGAGAGGCUCAGAAACAGCAGCAGCAGCAGCAACAGCAGCAGCAGCAGCAGCUUCAGAGGCUGGUGUUCGAUCCACUCGUCUACUCUUCCAGUCCAGGUUUUAUGACCUACCCACCCGGUUACCCCAUUCAAACCUACGUAGACCCUUCAAACCCCAAUGCAGGCAAGGUCUUGCUGCCCACUCCGUCCAUGGAGCCGAUCAGUGUGGCUCCGGGCGGCACCACCCCGGCGGUCUCCUUUGAACAGACUCCCACCCAGCCACUGAUCGCCGACCUCAGCAUGACCUCUCCCACCCCCAGCACCACCCAGGCGGGCACGGCAUCCAGCCUGGCACACAUGUCCGCUCACGGCACGCAGCCACAGCCGUUUGUUCAGCCCGCAGUACCGGCGCAGGACCCCGGUGUGGCUGUUCUGUCUGUGCCGGCGCAGACGGCCACCCCGCAGGUGCCGGGUCAACAGGGCUACGCCACACUGUGGGACCCCAACACGCAGCAGGCCGUCACCGUGCAGACGCAGCCCGCGCAGCAGUACUCCGCCACGGCCCAGCCGCAGACCGCCAUCUACUACCAGGGCCAGCCGUGCCAGACCAUCUACAGCAUCCCCGCAGGAUACCCGCAGACCAACACUCCGGUCAUACAGACGUACACGGAGCCGACCACUGGCUACCUGCACGGUCAGCAGGUCUACACCGGUCACCAGCAGGGCGUGGUGGUCCAGCAGGGCGGCACAGUGACCACAAUAGUCACAUCUCAGACUGUACAACAGGAGAUGAUUGUACCCAACAGUAUCAUGGACCUUCCUCCACCUUCACCCCCCAAACCGAAAACCAUCAUCCUGCCUCCGAACUGGAAGGUGGCGCGAGACCCGGAGGGAAAGAUCUAUUACUACCAUGUAGUCACCAGGCAAACGCAGUGGGAUCCUCCUAGCUGGGAGGGCGCUGGGGAAGAGGCCAGUGUGGAGCACGAGGCUGAGAUGGACCUCGGAACGCCGACAUACGAUGAAAACCCCUCAAAGUUUUCCACCAAGACAGCAGAGGCAGACACCUCCAGCGAGCUCGCAAAGAAAAGCAAAGAAGUCUUCCGCAAGGAGAUGUCUCAGUUCAUUGUGCAAUGCCUUAAUCCGUACCGAAAGCCUGACUGUAAACUGGGCCGCAUCGGCAACACCGAGGACUUCAAACACCUCGCCAGGAAGCUAACUCACGGAGUGAUGAACAAGGAACUCAAGUCCUGCAAGAACCCCGAGGAUCUAGAGUGCAAUGAGAACGUCAAACACAAGACCAAGGAGUACAUCAAGAAGUACAUGCAGAAGUUCGGCGCGGUGUACCGGCCCAAAGAGGACACCGAGCUGGACUAGCCCGCCGAGGGCUCGGUGUCCGAGCGGGUCGAGCCUGCGGAACUGCGGACCGGCCCGUUACGUGUGUUUUUAUACUGACUUUGUUCUAAAAACUCGUCCUAACUGCUGCUCUGAAGGCUCUGCCGCCUGCAAGGAGAGGAGAUUGUUAAUGUUAUUAUGGUUAUAAUUGUUAUUAUUAUUAUUAUUAUUAUUAUUAUUAUUAUUAUUAUUAUUAUGAUUUAUUAUUAUUAUUAUUAUAAUGAUGAGAAAAGUCCCACAGCCAGUCAGCACAGCAGAGGACACACUUAGGGUGCUACACAGACUGUUCUCCUGAUUAUCAUGUACGCUUUUAGCCUUUUUCCGCAAUUACCUCUCCACACGUACGAUUUCUGGAUCAUGUUUGCUCUCAGCGUUCGACCUCCUGGACUCUCCGGCGAGGACCGUGCUCGGUUUCCUUCCUCUUCAGCAUGUAUGUCUUGCCAUGUAUCCAUAUGUUGUUUUUUAGGUCUCGUUCACUGUCGGCCGUCCGAUUUGGGGAGGCAGUUGUUUCCGAACCAGCUGUUGAUUAAGGCUAACAGGAGAAGAGGAGCUGUUCUAGCAGCUCAGACAGUUUCAGGACCAGUUACGGUCUCAGGAUAACCAGGGGAAAGUUCUCAACUUCACUUAAAGCAUCAAACAACGACGUGGCUCUUGGGACGUCCUGCUACGUUGUCAUGUUUUAUUUUAUUUUUCUUUUCAGCUUUUAGUGAAUCAAAUCGUGAAGGAUGCUUUUUCCAUCCAGUCUAAGCCGCUGUCGGCCCACUUUUACCCUCCUCACCACGGGGGGAUGUAGCAUUCGCUGUUUUAUCGACCUGUUUUACAUUAACUCUCAUUACCUAUCGCUCUUUUACUCACAUCAAACAGGCAAAUGUGAAGAUCUUUCUCGUUUCCCCGUCUUCGAGUCGAUCAGGGUUAUCCUCCCAUAAGCUCUUGCCCUUAAUGAACUCACCCACCUCUCUCAUUUGCAUUAAACCCCGCCCCACCCCCUCAAAACAUGUAUUAUAUUGCUUUAUAUGUGAAUAUAUUGAGAAAUAGUUUUUGAGACCAUUUAAUUAAGAAGAGACUUUGUAAAAGGACUGUGGAGAUCAUGGUUUAUCGUGUAAAUAUGUGUAAUUAAACUCAUAAACCGACACGCGUUCGGGAAGAGAAUCGAUCCUGCCAGCAGCAACGGUGUUCCCAUAGUAACCACGCUUUCCACAGCUCUGUGUUGGGUUGGGUUUAAAGGUGGGGGGUGUGUUUUUGGGUUUGUUUUUGUUUUGUUUCCUCCUUUUUGUUUCUUCCUCUUUCUCUCUACAGAAAGACUAGAUUUUUUUUAAUGUACAAAUCGGAGUCUCGCCCCACUCCACUGUAAAGUACUGUGCAAGCACAUUGUCAUACUGAGUGUAAAGAACAUUUUAAAAUAAACUGUUUUGUAAAAAUAA